UUGCUUUGGCGUGUCGUACAUGAUGUAAAAUAUUUGUCUCGUUGACUUUAUGGUCCAUCAAAUAGCCUACAGCUUACAAUAUCAUCUAACGUAAUUAUUAUGCAAAACAAACCACAUGUACAUGUCUACUCAUGCACUCAAGCAGCAGUAAUGUCAAUGUUGUCUUAAUUAUCUGAGCUGAGCACAGACCGUUCUAUGGCACUCGGCCUACUGAACAUCUAUUUGCGGAAACAACUGUUUAGCUUCCUGGUCAGCGGAGUACGGGUGCAAGAAGGGAAGAGUUGACUACGGAGAUUUUGCAGCGCUGCUGAUGAAAACAUUUCAGUAAUUCCGGGAAAAUAAUCUAAUAUUUGUACACCUGGAAACAGCUAAACGAAGUCCACGAAACGAUAGACCUCUUUCUGCUGUUUACUGGGAAAUUCAGAGCCGCUCCUGACUGGGAAUAGGCCUUUUUCCGACCAAGCUUCCAGGAGGAGAAGCAGAAAGCAACCGUUUCAGAAAAAGUGGAUAAAAUGAGGGAGCCAGAGAGAGGGGAGCAGCCUGCAGAAGCAAUGCCCCCGAAAUUCAAACGCCACCUCAACGAUGACGAGGUCACGGGUUCGAUUCGAAGCGAAAGGAGGAACCUCCUUGAGGAAGACUCUGAUGAGGAGGAGGACUUCUUCCUGAGGGGGCCGAGUGGACCAAAAUUUGGGCCCAAAAAUGAUAAAAUCAGACAAGUGCAGACCCAGGUGGAUGAGGUGAUCGACGUCAUGCAGGAGAACAUCUCCAAAGUCAUCGAGAGAGGGGAGCGCCUGGACGACCUUCAGGAUAAGUCAGAGAGCCUUUCGGAUAACGCCUCAGCCUUCAGCAGUCGAGCCAAACAUCUGCACAGGAGGAUGUGGUGGAGGGACAUGAAGAUGAAAGCAAUAAUCGCGCUGGUGGUGGUGAUUCUGCUGCUCAUCAUCAUCAUUCCCGUAAUCCUUCAAUACCACUAGCACCUCACGGAGAGGGGGCGGGGCAUACAGGAGACGGACACCUCCAUUCCUCCCCCACCCUCCUUCCCUCCUCCAUUCAGCCCCCCCACCCCACCCCCUCCUCCACACCCAGUGGGGGGGCUCCGCCCUGCUGCAGAACAUUUCCCCCACAGCGCUGUGCCAGACUCUUAGUUCGGGGCAGGGUGUGGGGUUUUACGCGUUAACUCUUCAUGUUUUUGAAAGCAAAGCAGAAGCGGACGGAGGAGAGCUCUAUCGUGCACCCGGCCUCUCCUGUAGCUGCAGUUCAGUGAGAAGCACUGCAGUACAUUGACAGUUACGCGCCCUACCCCCCUACAGCACUGCACAGCAAGCUGGGCAAUAAACUAACCUAAUACAACAUCAACGAUGCCAGGCCCAUAACAUAAACAAGCAUAUACAUAGAUCAGAAGUGACAGGAGUCAGUGCUUACCCAGAGUCCACACACUUCGCCCUCAUUUUGAAAAAUAAGUAAGGAUACAUCCAUUCUUCAGUGUUUUAGACCUCACACUAGGUUAUUAGAGUAGCUCCCUACCCUCUCCUGGGUAGUAUUAGUAGUUAACUUUUCUGAUAUGCUUGCAAGUCGUUAAUGUGAUGUCUGGCACACAGACCUUAAUAAGUAGAGGCACUGAAGGAACAUUCAUUCAGGAAAUACGUGACGUUAUCAAGAUGCCUGGUGAGCCCCUUGGUUAAAAUGGCAGUGUGCUCUUUUUCUGCUUAUUUUAAAUGUUUUGGUGAAUGUGUGUUAUGGUUCACUUGGACAGAAGUGACACAUUGCUGCUAUUGCCUUGUGGAAGGUAAAGGAGGUUUUCUUAGACUAUUUGGGCUGUACAUCUGCGGAAUCUGUUGUGUGUUUUGUG